UGGGGGAGUAUCCAAUUCACCGCAUAGCGGCGCGUUCCGGGGCACAUCUCAGCGGUAACAUCUGAUUCCAACACGACUCUGAAAAGCUGCGUUUGAUUUAAACCUCAUAGCGGACAGGAGACGUGUCGACGGGGAAGGUAGCAUUCGCAUGACAGUCAGAACGCUGAAAGACAACUCGAAUAUGAAGAAUUCUGUCUGGAGCGCUUGUUAACGGCACAUAACUGAGCAUGUGCAAGUGCUGAGGCUCUUUGCUGAGUUGACCCCACCCCCUCCCCCGUCCUGAACGAGGAGCGACCGGAGCUGCUGCCUCGUCAGGUUUACCCCCCCUGUCCUGUCUGCCUGUCCCGACUCCCGUAAGGCUGGUCCCCCAACCCACCAUGUCUACAGAAGUGGAAAGCAGUGUACCUGUCGUCCCGGCCGACCACUCCAGCCCUCCUGCCCCCCCCACAUCCUCCACAACCAGCCUCCCCACCACCCCUUCCACAGCACCAGCCAAGACCCCCUUCAAGAAAGAGAAGAAGAAAGCUCCAGAGAAGACUGAUGAGUACCUGUUGUCCCGGUUCCAGGGUGACGGUGUGAGGUACAGGGCCAAGCUGAUUGGCAUUGAUGAUGUCCCAGAGGCCCGAGGGGACAAGAUGAGCCAGGAUUCCAUGAUGAAACUCAAGGGCAUGGCAAUAGCCUUUCGGUCCCAGGGCAAACACAAGCAGAGGAUCUGGGUCAACAUAUCCAUGUCGGGCAUCAAGAUCAUCAAUGAGAAAACAGGGGUAAUAGAACACGAGCACAUAGUGAAUACGAUCUCGUUCAUCGCCAGAGACGUAACAGAUAACAGGGCCUUUGGCUACGUGUGUGGGGCCGAGGGACAGCACCAGUUCUUCGCCAUAAAGACUGGCCAGCAGGCAGAGCCCCUGGUCAUUGACUUGAAGGAUCUGUUCCAGGUCAUCUUCAACAUGAAGAAGAAAGAGUCUGAGUCCUCACAGAAGGGUCAGUGCAAUAACACAACAGUUGAGAAUGGCAGCGAUUCCUUGCUCAGUAUCGAUGGCCAGGUGGGCACUGCCAAAGAGGUGCAACAGCUGGAUCUGUUUGGAGACAUGUCCACCCCUCCAGACAUGCAUUCUCCUACAGAGACUAAUGAAAUGCUAUUGCUGGAUCUGUCCACUGAGGUUGACAGCAAUCAGAACUGUAUAAAAGGAAAUCCCUUCACUUCCUAUGCCUCUAACCCUUGGGGCACCCCCCAAACAGAGAACCCCUUCUCCUCCACAUUUGGCUUCUUUCCAACCCCAGACACUGACCCUUUCAGUGACGACCCCCUUGCCCAAUCGGCACCCCCCAAUUCUCUGAUCUCAGCACCCUCCACCAAUCACAGCCAAGAGAGCUCUGUUGACAUCUUGGGCAGGCCAAUCAUGAACGGCAGUAGUCUUAAUGGAGACUCUGACUACUUCAGUCAGCAGUUGAAUGGGUUGUCCAAUAAGAACAUGAUCCUGGCUCUCAGUAAUGGCCUGUGGCCACUAGGGGGUGUGAUGUCCGAGUGCAGGGUCCCUGUUCCUCUCCAGAACGGUUUGGGACCUGUGUCCUCACCACAGAACCCCUUUCUCGACAUAUCUGGGAAAAGCCCGCCCCUCUGUAACGGUGUGAUGUUCGAUCCCCCCGCACCCAUGGGUCAUAGCAAGGACGGUUCGGUAGUGAUAAGCCUCCCUCCAACGAACACUAAGGCUGGACGAGGUCGGAGGAGUGCCAAGUCUCCUCCUACUGAUGACCUAUUUGGGGCUGACGUGUUUGCUGCCUCCAGUCAGCCUGACAGCUCGUCUGCCUCCGAUGACCUCUUCAGUCCCACCACCUCCUCCAUAGCAGCUCUGGGAGCGUUGCAGUUGGGUCCCCCUUCAGUCACCAUCCCUCGGACCGCCCUGUCACCAUGGGGAGCCCCAGCCUCUUCCAUGUUCACCAUGCCAGGAGGGGUCACACUCCCCAACCCCCAGCCCACCUUCCCCCAGCCAUCUGCCUUCGGUGCCCUGCCCAUACCCCCUGCCCCCUGGGGCCAGCAGGCGCCAUCCCCGUAUGGGGCCCCGCCGGUCACCCAGGCUUGGGGACAGCCUGCCCCUGCAGGGCCCAUGGGUGCACCAGGUUGGGGCCAGCCUCCCAUGGCUAACCCCUUCCAGCCCGGGCCUUACGUCAUGAUGGGAGGCCCUCCGCAGGGUAUGCCGCAGGGUCCACCGCGGCCCCCACCCCGGCCGCCAGUAAAGGAGACCCCAGCUAAGGUGGAACCCAGUGCCUUCAUGGCUCUGGACCCCCUGGGAGGGGAGAAGGAGAAGAAGAGUGGGAAGGACAUGUUCAAGGACUUCCAGAUCGCCAAGCCUCCAGCCAUCCCGGCCAGGAAAGGAGAGCAGGCACCCGGUUCCGCCGCACCAAGCACCAAUGGAGAUGGGGCGUUUGCACAGUACUUCUCCAGCAAAGUGGGCGUGCCCCAGGAGGUUGCGGAUCACGACGACUUUGAAAUUCAGAGUCGGAUUUCAGCGGUUGGCAAUGACCCACCCAAACCAGCCCCACGGCACUCUGCACCCAUCAUGUCUCCUGCAGCGGCCCCCGGGCCAGGGCUCCUGGAUGCAUUUGCCCCUACUCCAGCCACAGGCCUUGCUCCAGCAGCAGCAGCAGGUCUCAACCAGAACCUAUUUGAUGACGCAUUUGGCGCUGCAACUCCUAAUGCCUUUGGAGCACCACUUCUAGCUACGACCACUGGUGGCUCGGAUCCCUUCGGAGACCCCUUUGGAAACCCCUUUGCCUGAGUGACACUCAGGUUUGCAGUGGUCCAGAGAAUAAGCAGCGAUGCUCAACGACCAAAUAAUGUCUUCAGAACCAGCUGCUAUAACUACAAGCGCCAGACAAUCUACAUGAUUACAACUUCUAACCCCUUGCCCACACUGACUAACUCCUCAACUGCCUUUCUUGAUGUCCGUUACAUAGCCCCUCUUUUUCCCCCAAAACACCUUAACUUUAAUGUCUUGCCCAAUCAGUAGUAGUUUUGUUUCGGUUCCCAUCUCGCAUAGCUUUUCAGUACCACUGAAUUAAAUGUAAAAAAAUGAAUUGUAAUAAAGUGAUUAUUAGAAAAAGGGAUAUAAAAAAGAAGGAAUGAAUGUGGGAGGGAUUGUUGGAAGGGAAGGCCCUGGAAAUGCUCUAUAUUAAACACAGAAAAAUGAA